AUGGAACCAUUCGCGUUCGCAUACCUGGAUGACAUAGUGGUAAUCGGACGCACGAAACGGGAACACCUGGAGAAGCUACAGGAGGAAGAACUUAAAUACCUAGGACACGUAAUCAGCGCAAGAGGUAUACACACCGAUCCAGAAAAGAUAGCCGCGAUUCUCAACAUGCCAAGCCCACAGACAACGAAGCAAGUACACAGCUUCCUAGGGGUGGCCUCCUGGUACAGAAGAUUCAUCCCGAACUUCACUUACAACCUGGUCAAGAAGGGGACAAAGUUCAAAUGGACCGAGGAGACAGAAGAGGCGACCAAAAUCUAA